AUGACUCAGAUAACUCCGAUCAAGGGGUUUACCAAUACGCCUGUUACCCAAUCUAUCUGUGUGAUCAUAACGUUACUAGCAUUAUCACUUCUGAUUCUACAGCUUAAACAUAUCGUGCGGCUAGCUAUUGACCCUUACAUAGUCGAGUACUCGCAAUACUGGCGAAUCUUCACCUUUCAGGCCUCUGUUAUCAACGAAUCCGACUACUUGUUGGUUGUUUUUCUCUGGUUCCAUUUCAAGAAUAUAGAAAGGUUCUACGGAUCUAGACGAUAUUUGUCUGUGAUUACAAUUUUUGCAGUCUACAAUGCCGUGGUAUGUUUCAUAGUGAUGUGUAUCGGCCAAUUGGUGCUGUACUAUGCUGUUUACGUGUUGAAAACGCUUCUUUUACAUCGUUCCAGUAACAUCGUGUAUCAGUCGUUAUUGUUCAACGAGGUGAUUCCGGGGCCGCAAGGAAUUAUUUCAUCUCUCUACAUUUGCUACGGUACUUACGUUCCGGUUUCGUACCACUUCAAAAUCUUGCUUUCAAAUCCUAUGAAUUCUGACCAGGAUCAAGAACAGCAAUCUACAUCCUCUUCUAGUAAAGAGUUGAACUUAACCAACCAUUUUCCUAUACACAUCAUAUAUACUCUCUUGCUACUCAAUAACGGCACCAGAUCGCUUAUACCUUGCUUGGUAGGAUUGUUGCUUGGGAAAUUGCACGUGUAUGAGUUGCUUCCCGGUAGCAAGAACUGGAUGAUAAACAUUUAUGUAUUCCGGUUUUUUGUUGAUCCUACCAAGUUUGUCACUACCACCAUCUCCAGCAUCGGUCUCAGGCUAAGGUCAGGCUACCAGUCCUUGAACUCUUCAAGAGAUCAAGGCCAACCUAUACAGCAAGCUGAGUUCUUGCCGGCUGAGGUGGAAGGUGAGGAUGUAGAGGAAAUUGUAGAGGAUGGCCGCCAACAAGCAACACAGAUCAGGGCAGAAACACCGGUCCGUCCUUUAGGAAGUCAGUUCCUAGAUACAUUUAGAAACUAGUUGCAUACAGAUAUUUAAUAUAUGUUGAUCUAUUUU